AUGUCUGCCCUCGCUCCCCGCGGUCGCGGCGGAAAUCCUGCUAGAGGAUCGCGAGGUGGGACGCCGUCAGCCUUCAACAGCCGUGGCGCCUCUCGUGGACGACAAGCUACUGCUGCGCGUGGCUCGACUCGAGUCACACGUGGAGGCAGCAGUGGACAGGGCCUACUCCAGCAACUGCGCACAGGCACUGUUGCGCGAAACGCCGAAAAUGCUGGAACAGCGGGCGGAAGAGGACGAGGUGCGCCUCGAGGCACAACCACAACCCGUGGAAGAGGACGAGGCAAUCUGACGCGAUCCUUAAACACACCAGCCACCAACGACCCGCCAGCGAACACACGAGGCUCUUCUCCCGCACCGAUGGGCUCCUUCGACGCGACCUCCGUGUCGGGCGAUGUCACCCAGAGAUACACCCAACUCAAAAAUCUUCGAGAGGAGGAGCGGAAAGAAGCAAUACGCAUGGGCUUCCUGGCCGAUCCUGACAAGAAGACAACACUCGACCAAGCCAUCACGCCGGUAGGCACCUGUGAAGAGAUGUGUCCGCAGUUUGAGCGUGUGGAGAGAAUGGUCCAGUUCAUGGUCGAUCGAUCUGAGAAGACUACCAACAAUGAUGGAAAACAGGUCGCUUCGGAGGAGAUCAUGGUCAAGCGCUUCCGCCGAUCAGCCGCCGGAGACGACGAACAAAUCCCUUCCGACAUUCGCACACCUGCGACUCUGCGAAGAACGCUAGACUACCUCAUUGACAGCCUGAUCGGAGGGCCUGAGAGACUCGCGGUCGUGCACAAGUUUGUAUGGGAUCGAACGAGAGCAAUCCGCAACGACUUCUCCAUCCAGCAAGUCUCAAAGGACGAAGACGUCAGAACGGCCGUGGAGUGCUUCGAGCGCAUUGCUCGCUUCCACAUUCUGUCCCUCCACCAGCUCUCAAAUCCAGGCAACCUCCGAGAUGAUGAGAACUUCGACGUCUUCCAAGACCGCGAGCAGCUCAACAACACCCUGCUAUCGCUGCUAUUCUACUAUGACGAUCAUCGAAACCAGAUCGACUUUCCAAAUGAGGCAGAAUUCCGCGCCUACCACAUCAUAAUGGCCAUUCAAGGACAGUUUCCCGACUUAGAAGACCGAAUCCAGAGCUGGCCACCUCAUCUCAUCGCAGAUGCUCGGGUCCAAACAGCACUACGACUCUACCAAGCCGCAGGCGACACACUCUUCGAUCAGGGUCCACUCAGGCCUUUGGCCCCGUCUCCGGUCGCACGCAACAACUCUGGCAACUUUUGGACCAUCAUGAACUCAGGAGCCGUCGGGUACCAUCUGGCUUGCGUCGCAGAGAUGUACUUCAACCAAGUACGCUUCGUUGCGCUGACGUGCUUGCUCAGAUCGGCAAAGUCUGCACCCGCCUCGCAACAGCAGAAGUCAAGAGACUGGACACUGGAGGCCGUGGCGGAAUACCUAGGUUUUGAUACGGACGAGCAGACUGUCGAUUUCUGCGCCACUUUUGGCCUGUCAUUCCAGACCGAUGCUCAAAAUGUGACCUAUCUUGAUGUUGCCAAGUACACUGGUUCUACACUUGAUCAAUCCCUCCUGCCGUCGAAACACACCUUCUCAUACACUUUCGUGGAGGAGAAGCGCUGUCGACGAACCCUGCCGGCCAUCAUAAACAAUCUCGGCGCCGCCGAAGCGAUCCGACAAGGCUUGGUCGAGCAGGACGAUACGGAAGACCAGCCUGCAGAGGUGGAAGACGAUGGAGAAAGCCUGUUCAUUCCGGAGGCUAAGCCGACAUUUGGCCAGAGCACGACGUCAACAUUCGGAUCACUCAAUCCUCAGGCGACGUCCUUCACGACUUCGUCGUCGUUUGGGACGUCCGCCUUGCCAGCUUCGUCACCUUUCGGCUCCGGCGCCGCAGCAUCGACGACCAGCACGUUCGGCUCGACAAUAUUCGGACAAGCUCUCAACGCAGGAUUUGGCAAGACAACCCAAGAGCCUUCAAGUCAGGGCUUCACCGGUAGCUUCGGGCAGGUUGGGACAGACACCAACGACUACUUCUCCUUCGGUCAAAGUUUCGCCACCAGUUCAGCAGAACCAGGACCGCUGGCUGCGGACGACAAGAAACAAUCCGAGCCCCCGAACUUUAUCUCCAAGUUUGGUACAACGCGAGCCAGCACCACUGAGAACAAUCCUUUCGGUCAAACUGCCCAAGCAGCUGUGCCGAACCACAUCAGUCAGUUCGGGCAGCCGCGUGCGAGCAAUACGGAGAACAAUCUAUUCGGCGCCCCGAAACCAAACUCCACGGGAACUUCGGGAUCGACCGUAAUUGCAGACUCGGGUCUUGGCGCAUUCAGGGACAACAAUGCGGGCUCAAAUUCGACGACAACUACGACACCUGCGUUCAAUCUGAGCAGCCCUUUCGGCACUCCUACGCCUUCGAUUACUCAGCCUGCAGCUUCUGUGUUACCAACUUCGCAGACACCUGCUCCUGAGCCGGAUGCUCAGAAACCUCUGUUCACGGGGUUCAACUUCGGUCCGUCUGCGUCUACGCCAACCACAACUCCAGGAUCGCAACCACUUUUCACUCAACCGACCAAACCUGAAACUACGACAGAAUCUGCACCGUUCUCAUUCUCCCCCGUAACGACUCAACCCAAAGUACCCGCUGCACUCACUUCGACAUCCCUUCCGACUUCCACACCACCGCAACCGAGCUUCAACUUUCAACAACCUGCGCCUUCGAGCCAGCCCAUUUUCUCAUUCUCGAAAGCUAACGAUUCGACCUCGACGAGCAAAGCCUCUCAGCCCUCAUUCUCGUUUACUAGCUCGCAACCAGAAUCAUCGAGCACUCAGGCACCAAAAUCUGCAGUGCCGAACGUACCAUUCUCAGGUGCAAGCCUACCUGCUUUCAACUUCUCGUCGACUACUCCGAAAUCGAGUCCACAACCUAAGGCCUUAGCGGCUCCCCCACCUGUAACAGCAGCCCCAUCACAAAAGGAUUCGACGCCAAACGUUGCUCUCUCGACACCAUCACAAGUGAGAUCCAAGUCACCUGACCCUCGAGCCGUCUCAGCCACUUCACCCAAAUCGACGACCGCAGAUCUCUUCACGCCUCACGCCAAGCCUCAAAAGCCGCCUCUAGAUCGGCAACAUCAGAUUGAUCUAUUGGUCCGACUUGCUUUCACGCAGCGCUACGGAUUGAUCUUCCAGUUUCUCGAGGCUACGUUACCUGCCAUCCUUCGCGAGGAGACCAGAAAAUUCGAGCGGGACCAGUUCGAAGAAGCCAUCGCACGACUGAAAGCUCAAUACCUCUUCCGCAAAUACGCUGCCAUUUGGCGGAGCAUCACUUGGCAAAAGAAGCUGAACAAACACGCCAACCGGCGCCGACAAUUGUUCGCAGAGUCAGUCAGAAUGGACGCCGAGAAGAAACAACGCAACGAGAAGGAGCUGCAGUCGAUACUGGAAGCCGCUGAAGAGACCAAACGCCUUCGAGCCGAAAUCGAGAAGCAGAACAAGGCCGAUGCUGCUGCCAAGCGAGCGCACGAGGCACAAAAGCCGAAGCAACUUGCAGGUAGUAAGAGGAAGGAUCUAGCAGAACAAGACGUUAACACGCCACCGAAGCACUCGAAGCCAUCACAUGCAAAUCAUAAGCGGUCCAAGACGCUCGGGGCUAUGCAACCACCUCCAUUGCCAGUCAAGACAGUUCAGGCGGAACCACAAGACUUCCGGCACUCGACGUUUUCUGGUCGCAGCAGCCUCAAUCGAUCGACAAGUGGCAGCAAUUUACGACAGUCACUUGGACGAUCACGACAAGAUCAGACCAAGACCGACUACUUCCGACUGCUGGCGAAUGGCAUUGAUCCAGACACACCUUUGGUCCCCAAGACAGCCCGCCAAGUCGAAGCCAAGCGACAGAAAGACCUUGAAGAGCGCGCGGCUGCCAUCACUCGGCACAAGACCGGCGACGUGUUGCCGCGACCCGGCCUCGACAUACCACUGAGAGCGUCUCCGUCUACGGUGAGCGCCAUCGCAGACAAUUCGGCCCCGAAGUAUGAUCCAGCGGCCGACGACUUGUUGCAACAACUUCGCCAGGCGAGGUUGGACCUGGCUAGCGAUACGACUUGGUUCAAAGAGCAGGCUAAGCAGUUAGAGAAGGAGGUGGAGGUGGAAGAAAAGCUUCGCUCGAGUGCAGGAAGCACACCCGAAGCACGACACGCCGAUCCUCAUGGUCUUUCCUACAUCCAAGGACAUGCGUACAGCCCAGCCCCUCCUCCGCAAGCUAUGUCGCGCGUUGAAGCUCGGAUCAGGAAGUCAGGCGCGUUGGGGCUGGCAUACAAGCCGAUUGGCACACCGUCGGAACGGGCGUCGUCUAGGGCGAGUAGCAAGAGGAGUAGUUAUGGGUACCGGGCCGAGGAAGAAGUGGAAGCGACCGGGGCAAAUGGCACAGCCAAAAAGCGUCGAAAAAGCGGAGAUGUGGAUAGAAGCUAUCGACCUUCACAGCAGGAAUUGGAAGAUGAGGAAGAGGAAGAAGAUCUCAACAUGACAAUCUCCCCGCAGAAGCGACCGAAGAAGCACCCCGCUACGGUUGGCAAGCUUCAACCGGUGGCUACUACAUCGAAAAGCUGGCAAGGUCAUCAGCAGAACGAGGUUCAUCAAUCUGCGACCCGACUUCAGCAUGGCUACGACACCGACGACUUCGACGAGGUCGAAGAGUCCGAAGACGAGCUCGCCAGCCAGCAGCCACCUCCCGCAGGCCAGGCGUAUUACCCACACCAGAAUGGUCGGCUGCACUCUGCCAACGCGCUUCAGUAUUCCGAAGAAGACCUUUACGACGACGAAGACGAGGAAGCAGAAGAAGAUGAAGAUGAAGAUCGAGAUUCCGCUGACGAAGCAGCCGCCGAAGCCGCCGAAGCCGUUGAAGGAUACGACGAAGAUGAAGAAGAAGUUUCAGAGGAAGAAUACGACGACGAGGAUGUUCCUGAGGCAGACUUCCCGUACAAUAUGCAAGGCGGACAGUAUCAGCAGUCGUCUCUCUUCUACCCCGAGUUGCCCGAUGAGGAGGAGGUUGCUGCGACGCCGGGUACACAAGGGAGUCGGGCAACGAGUUCGGGACCGGGAGCGACGGCGGAGGAUGCGUUGGUGUUGAGCGACAGUGAUUAG